GAGAGUUGUCCCUUAGUGUUAGGAUUAGGGUUUUUGGGGCUUCUGCCAUGUUUCUUACUCUCCACAUGUCAAAUAUAAGAUGAUAUGAUGGCGAACUGAUGAUCUCACCCAAGCUUGAUGGGAUCACCAUCGGUGGACCAAUCCAGUCUGAGGUGUUCCUUAGAUGGUAGAGGAAGAGAGAAGGCAACGGAGAUGGUUAGAGCUAGCUACCUCUUGGUUUGUGUUGUUAAUUUCAUCCUGGGGUGAGAACUAAGGGGCAGGAGGUAUGAUGGCAAAGAAUUUUUCCGAGAAAUCUGCUGACAAGGAAGGAGAUGAGGAGGAUGGUGAUGAAAACCCAAGACAUGGAAGAAGCUCGAGCAAUAGCACAAUUGAGGAAAGCAAGAAGGCGACUGGCUCAGGGUCUGUACGUCAAUACGUCCGAUCGAAGAAUCCUAGGUUACGAUGGACGCCAGAUCUCCAUCUUUGCUUUGUUCAUGCUGUCGAGAGGCUCGGUGGCCAAGAUCGUGCAGGAGCAACGCCUAAGUUAGUUCUCCAGUUGAUGAACGUUAAGGGCCUUAGCAUCGGUCAUGUCAAGAGUCAUUUACAAAUGUAUAGGAGCAAAAAGAUCGAUGCAUCUGGUCGAGUUAUAGCUGAUUCAAGGAACAUGAUUGAAGGCAGGGAGCGGUUCGCAUACAGCUUUAACCAUCUUUCCAUGUUACAUGACUUUCAUCAAAGGCCUCAUACCUAUUCCAGAUAUGACUCUUCUUUGAAUGGUCAUGAGUAUUGGAAUACUAUGAGUUUGGGACUUCACAGUUCAGCUGCGGAGAUGAUCUUUAGAGGUCAUCAUGGUGUGAUGGGCAUCCGAGAAAGCCAUGUGGAUAGUUUUACUCGAAUCGAUCGAGCUAGCGGCGGGAGCAGAACAUCUGAAGAUUUCCAUCAGCUAUAUGAUCAUAAAAUUGGAAGAACCCAGUUUAGACCAAGAGGAAUAGAACCCUGCUCCAUAUCCCAGAUGCAUGGAGGAGGAAUACAGCAGGCUGGUCGAUUUAGUAACACCUGCGCCCAAGAGAUCGAACAGCAAAGAACAACACCAGCACCGAGCCUGGGAGGGCGAUGCAUGAUGAGAUGGAGAUAUGAGGAUCAUGGGCUGGAUCUGGAUCUAUCGCUUAACAUCGCAUCGAGGCAUGAGAAGAGGAAAGGAGAUUGGGAGGAUGAGGAAGUAGACAGUAGUUUAUCCCUCGCCCUGAUCCCUCCUUUAUCAAAACAGGAAGGAUGUUCUAGAGAUGCCGAGAGAGCCUCAAAGCUAAUCAGUUUGAAGGAGAGAGAUUACAGUGGGGAGCAUGCAAGAGGGACAAGUACUCUAGAUCUGACUAUAUGAGCGGAAUGUAGUGAGAUCUUGUGGUACUUGUCUGAAGGAGGGUUGGAAGAUAGCCUACACGCACUUGUUGUUACUCUCUUUUAGUUUGUUUUGUACUCAUUACGUAGGUGUUGGAGCCCAGUAGGAUUCUUCAGAGACUUCCAUACAAGCCUUUCCAUGUUCCAACCGAAGGCAAACCUCACAGAGGACUUGGAGAAAAAUUGGUCAGGAGCACGCGGUCUGACCUACUGCAGCUUUGAGUGUGCCUUUUUUCUUCGUGUAAUUAAAUGAUACCGUAUGAACGUUGGAAAUGGUGGGUGCCAUUGACCGGAUUCCUACUCCGUCGACUUUGGACUUACAAUGCCUAUCUGCCGGGCUUCUUGCCGCUGAUUUCAAUGGCCAAUGGCACUAUUGUAAGAAUAUUUUACUGUAGUUACAAAUAAUAGUGAAGCUUUUGUCUUCUUUGCUUUAA